UGGGAGCAGAUACCUGUCAAAUUGGGGUACCCUCUCCCACUUCUGGUCUGAUUGCCUAGGCUAUCGGAAGCGGAAGGUGUCCUCCCUCCCUGUAGUCUUUUGGGACACGUGAUAGGUCCCAGAUGACUACAGGACCAUUCAUGAAGCACAGUGCUUCUCAUGCAUGCACAGUGGGUACCCUGAUGUGAAGCCGCAAGCUAUCACAGCCGGUGCCCACAUUGAAGAUGCCAGCCUCCAGGAAUACAGGCCGGCAUGUGAAACGGGCUGUGAGACACACACCACA